UUAGUUUCCAUCAUUUUCCGAGUGGACAAACGAAGCUCCAUUAGCUCCUCCUCUUCCUCCACCUUCCUUCUCCAUCUCUGCAACAAAGUUUCUGCAAAGUUUUGCAAAGUGAAAGAAAGCUUCAUGGGUGAUGGUCCUCGAGGAAUAAAAGUUUUCUCAGAUCAUUUUGAAGUUUCAACAUCUGGGGUGGACUCUCCUCAAGCAAAAACUCCCUCUAUUUCACAUCCGAGGACAGAUAACACUUUGAGGUCCCAUAGCCGUUUAUGGUCUCGAAGAAAAUUAAGAAAUGCUGCAUCCAUGCUGAAAAUGUUUAGUCUACCAAGGCUACCAUGGGGACCUGACACCGAUGAUCAGGAAAAGGUUGUUCUAACUGCAGCAGAAAUAGAGUCUCUUCGAUCAGAACUUGCUGAUUUAGAAGAAAGAGAAGCUCAUUUGAAAGCUCAGUUGGAACAUAUUGAUGAAAUUUUGAGAUCUGCUCGUCUUUCAGGCUAUCUAUUCAUUCGGACUAGAUGGGCAACAGUACCUGGUGAACCUCCUCCUAUUGAUGAUACUGAAGUUGAUGACUGGCUUCCACGUUAUCUUGUCUUUCAGGGAUCGUGUAUCUUCUUUUAUUUGUUGUCCACAGAUAUGAGUCCUCAGGACUCCACCCUCCUUUCUGAUGUCACUGAAGUAGGUCCUCUGCCAUGCAUUCAACGAGAAAAUGAGGAAACUCGAUACUGCUUUUACAUUGUAACUCGUCAAGGGCUGCGAUAUGAGUGCUCUAGUGUUUCCAAAGUGCAGGUGGACUCUUGGUUGACGGCAUUGCAAAUUGACUGCAAGUUGGGACCUGAUACAGUAUGCAGAUCUGCUUCCCGAGCUGCCAGGUCUCUACUCUCUGCUUCUAAGCAGACCUCUCAUGUCUUUUCUGAAGGUCGAGCUGUGGCUAGUGCUGCGACAGUUUUAUUAAGAGGAAAGGUGCCUUAUUUAGCUUCAUACGGGAGGACCGAUUCUGGAAAUACGUCCCGAGGAUGGAUAUCUGGGGCGCUUGCCCUUCCUGCUGCAGCCUACAUGCUUCAGGAGCAGGAGGUGCAUGCUGCAGAGAUGGAGCGCACUUUCAUUGCUAUCAAGCCAGAUGGUGUUCAGAGAGGGCUGAUUGCAGAAAUCAUAUCGCGUUUUGAGCGAAAAGGUUUUAAGCUUGUGGCGAUCAAAAUAGUGGUUCCUUCAAAGGAUUUUGCCCAAAAGCAUUAUCAUGAUCUCAAGGAAAGGCCUUUCUUUAAUGGCCUGUGCGACUUCCUUAGUUCUGGCCCUGUCAUUGCAAUGGUCUGGGAAGGUGAAGGAGUGAUAAAAUAUGGCAGGAAGCUCAUUGGAGCCACUGACCCACAGAAAUCAGAACCUGGAACCAUCAGAGGUGAUCUAGCCGUUGUUGUUGGAAGAAAUAUCAUCCAUGGAAGUGAUGGCCCCGAGACAGCCCAGGAUGAAAUCAAGCUGUGGUUCAAACCCGAAGAGUUGGUUAGUUAUAUGAUCAGUGGAGAGAAGUGGAUCUACGGAGAUAACUAAUGAAGAUUUUAGUUCUUUUUCCCUCGGCAACUUAGGUCCCGCAUGAAGAGUGGGGUAGAAUCAUAAUUGUCAGAAUAAAGUUAUUUUUCUUUAGGUGACUAGUAACAUUGCUUCAAUGCAAGCUGCUAGCGAAAUAGAUCACCAUAAUAAUGGGAUUUACUUCUUUUAUCUAUGAUUCCAAAUAAUGCAAUUUUCCAGAUUAUAUAUGUAUUUGUUUUUUUUAUUCCAAGUUAUGUGGUAAAGAUAUUAUUUUCCUAUCA